AUGGAUAGCUGGAAGUGUGACAGCAUCGCCAACUGUGGCGACUCCUCAGAUGAGAAUAAAAACUGCCCCCUGCUCAAUGGGGGCUAUGGGGGCAGUGCAGUGCCACAGACUAGGGUGUCCAACGUUCCUGUGCUUCUGGAUGGCAGUUACAGCCCAGUGGUCGAGCUGUGCAGCGCCCGCCGCCUUCCCCCAGCCCCCGGGGCCUCGGGGCAACUGGAAGAACCGGGCUUGGGUCUGGGGGGGCGCCCAGGGUCCCAGGGAGAGGGCAGAGGACAGCCGGACCCGGGCUGCCGAGGAGGUGCAGCGGGGGCCGAGACACCGGUGGGCGCAGGGGCAGGGCUGCGGGCAAGCGGGGGUCUCGGUCUCCCCGCGGGGCAGUGGGGCGCGCCCUCCGCCCGGGCAUGCCGGAGGGGGCAGGUCCGAGCCUCGGUGUGCCCGUCCGCGGUGACACCGCUCCUGUCGGUGACUGUCGGUGCACAGAGCGACAACGCGUGUCUCUCUCUGAAGACAUGUGUCCCGCCUGAACGUUUCACGGGAGCGGGUCGCAGAGAGCGACCCCCGGGCCCCCCGUGCGGAGUCCCUGCACCUGUCCUCGCAGCGUCUUCCCUGGGGACAGACGUCCUAGCGGAAGCGCUCCGGGUCGAGGGCCCUGGGGGUGACCUGCGUUCUCAGCCCAUCCUCCGGGUCUCAGAGCUGCCCUGGACGACCCAAGACGCCCCCCAGCGACCCUCGCUCUGGGGAAGCGGCUGGGCGCGCCCCUCCCACGGGACAGCUUGUUGGGGGGGGGUGUGUCAGGACUCAGUGGUCUUUGAGGAUGUGGCUGUGGACUUCACCCUGGAGGAGUGGGCUGUGCGGGAUUCUGCUCAGAGGGAACUCUACAGAGAUGUGAGGAUCAAAACUUUUCAGAACCUGGCCUCAAUAGAUGGUGUAACUCAAUUUAUGGCCAAUGGGUCAGUUUCUCAGCAGGAUAUUUAUGGAGAAAAAGGAACUAAGGAAUCUAAAGUAGAAAAGUUCACCAGAAAUGAUUCCUGGGCCUCUGUUUUAGGAAAAAUUUGGGAAGACCUUAGCAUUGAAGAUCAGCAUGCAAAGCAGGGGAGAAAUCUGAGAAAUUACAUGGUGGAGAGACUUUGUGAAAGUAAUAAUCAAUGUGGAGAAGCCUUCAGCAAGAUUCCAUAUCUUAACCCAUACAAGGAAAUUCCGACUGGACUAAACCAGUAUGGAUACAGUGCAUAUGGAAAAGUCUUCAUGCAUCAUUCAUCCCUAAAGAGUCACAUCAAAGUUCACACCAGACAAAAACAAUAUCAGUGCCAGGAAUGUGGGCUGGCCUGUGGAUGUCAUUCACACCUAAGAACACAUGUUAGAACUCACAAUGGAGAGAGACUCUAUGCUUGUAAAUUAUGUGGGAAAACCUUUCCUUUUACAUCUUCCCUCAAUCAGCAUAUAAGGAUUCACACUGCUGAGAAAACCUAUGAAUGUAAGCAGUGUGGGAAAGUCUACAUUGAUUUUUCAAGUCUUACUAGUCAUGUGAGAAGCCACACUAAAGAGAAGCCAUAUAAAUGUAAGGAAUGUGGGGAAGCCUUCAGUUAUUCCUCAGUUUUCCAAAGGCAUGUGAUAAUGCACACUCGAGAGAAGCCUUAUGAAUGCAAACAGUGUGGGAAAACCUUCAUUUAUCUCCAAUGCUUUCAGAGACAUGAAAGGAUUCACACUGGAGAGAAACCCUAUGAAUGCAACCAAUGUGGUAAAACAUUGGGUCAUCCCUCAUCCUUUCAAGGACAUUUGAGAGUGCACACUGGAGAAAAACCCUGUGCAUGCACACAGUGUGGGAAAACUUUCAAUUGGUCCAUAUCCUUAUGAAAGCAUAUGAGAACACACAAUAGAGAGAAACCCUACGAAUGUAAGCAGUGUGGGAAAGCCUUCAGUUUGUCUGCCUGCUUUUGAGAACACAUGAGAAUGCAUCCUGAAGACAAAUCAUACAAGUGCAAGCUGUGUGGGAAAGAUUUUUAUUGCCACAAAUCCUUACAAAAACACAUGAGGAGGCACAGUGCAGAGAAACGCUACAAAUGCAUGCAGUGUGGGAAAGCCUUCAGCUGGCCUGCUCUGCCACAACAUGUGAAAACACACACUGUAGAGAAACCUUAUGAAUGUAAGGAAUGUGGGAAAGUCUUCAAAUGGCCAUUAUCUUUACCAGUACAUAUGAGACUGCACACUGGAGACAAAUCUUAUACAUGUAAGCAGUGUGGGAAAGCCUUCAGUUGCUCAUCAUUAAGAAGACAUGUGAGAAUACACGCUGCAGAAAAACACUACAAGUGUGAUGUGGGACAUCCUCCUACAGAUGAAUUAAUGUGUAAUCCUUCAGAAAACUCACAUCAGGAGAGUAAUCUUAUAAACACGGUAAAUAUGAUAUGGCUUUUAUGA